UAAAAUAAGGUGAGACAGAUCAAAGGUUUACUGAGGACAGAUAGAAGACAAAAGUGGAAGAACUGCAAUGUGGAAAUCAGGAUCUAUUAACGUUCUGUUGAUGACUCUUCUUUUUGGGAGUGGCAACUUCUUAAGAAUGGAGAGAGGUUUUGCUGUUGGCCGUACAGAUGUAACUAAGCACUGCGAUAUGCCUGAAGCAUGUGAUGUGGAUGGCUUCAGUGAUUGGUUCAAAGUGGGCCGCUACUGUGUCAAAUACUUCAACACCCCUGCCAACUUCACUGAUGCUGAGUUCAGCUGUAUGAAAAAUGUCUCUGGUGGACACCUGGUGUCAGUGCAUAAUGAAAAAGAUAAUGGGCAAUUAUUAUGCACUAUGACAGAACUUAGCCGAAACAAACCUCGCGUCUGGCUCGGAGGCUAUCAACUAUUUAAGACUGGUAAAUUUCGAUGGCUUGAUGGUUCCUCCUGGAUUUAUCAAAGAUGGGCAGCUGGUGAGCCCAACCACAUCUACACUAAUGAGGAAUGUGUGGAGAUGAACUGGAAAGUUGAUGGCAUGUGGAAUGAUGAGUCUUGUUCUGUCAAGAAAAACUACUUCUGCGCCUUCAAACGAAAGACCGUCUUUUUGAAAAUAGACCUGCAGUAGAUGGAGCAGUUUCAUCAUAGAAGUAUCAUCUUAUGAAAAUCAUUUUCUCUGCAUCAACAGAAAAACUUACAAAAAUAAAAACAAUUCUGCAAAUAACUUUAAAUGAUAAUAAAUAACUUUUGCAAUCAAAAUGA